ACCGGCAGAUGAAAGGGCCACUCACUAGCGAGAGGGAGAAGCGCGAGUAAAGCGACCAGACACCAUGUGGACAGGGGGAGGAGAGAGCGCAGAGAAGGCGCGCGAAGGCUGAACGCCCCGCAUCCCGACAGACCCCAGAUCGCAGGAGACGAGCCCGCGCCGAGGGGCGUCUGCGGGCCAGGCGGUGCGGGACGCGUGCGGUCCGAGGGCAGAUCGGGGGUCUCACGUGCCCCUGUCCGCAGCCGCCCGCGAUGAGCGAGGCGAGCCGGGUGUGCUCGGGCUACUACAGCCUCAACCACAGCUUCGUGGAGCCCUUCGAGUGUCCCCGGAGCGGCGAGGGGGCCGCCCUCCUCUACUGCUGCGGCUUCGCCGACCUCAAGUACUGCUGCAGCGAGCCGGGCAGCUACUUCCCCUACAAGCACAGCUAUAUGUGGAGCCUCAGCAUCGGUGCCCUGGUUGGCCUGGGAACUGCUGCCCUUGUUCUACUUGCCUUUGUCAUCAGCGUCUGUGUCCUUUGCUACUUAUUUCUGUAUACAAAGCCCCGAAGAUUAGACACUGGCCUUAAACUUCAACACCUAGAGGCUUCUGCCACUCAAGAAGGCAACCCAAACAGGAAAGCCAAUGCCCCCAAUUCAAAUGCAGCAUCAAAUUCGACAAUUGAAACAUCCUAUGAAGCUGAUGACAUGAAUCAAGAGCCACAGAUGGAGACGACACAAAUCAGCACUGUGUAUUAUUAAAAAGCCUGUGCUGUAAAAGCUCACUGGAGGGACAGAGCAAAUAAAAAUAAAGAAUGCAUUUCAAAUACAGUUCGUAAUAAUACUUCUCAAAAAUUCAUCAUGCACAAAGCAAGACGCAGCUGUGCUUUUGAUUUUUCGGUUAAUUUAUUAAAAACCCACUAAGGUUUCUGAUCAUGUGCAGAGAAGUUUACUUUUAUUUGCUAAUUAAGAUGUUCCUGCAGUACAUGAAAUGAUGCUAACACUUCUGGAGAAAUUAAGGAACUUAAGAUAACAAAGACAAGCAAACCUAUGCCAGUGUGGAACAAUGGGAAAUUUAUGUCACAUGAGCAACACUACACAAGUCUUUGGAUACUUAGCGGCAGUUCAUUUCAUGAGAUGGUACUGGAUACGUAAAUCUCGGAGGGAAUCGUCUUGUAAAAUAGAGGUGGCAUGUUUUUAAGUCUCUUAGACAUGAACCCCUUGUCUUUUUCAGAGGGUUUGUGGGGCGCACAAUGAACGUAUUGCCUUUGUAAAAGCUAACAUUCGAGAACAGAGUAUGUCACAAUAUAUGAUCUUAAUAAUAAAUAUUUUCAGCUUACCAAGGGAUAACCGUAACACGAAUCCUUCACUGAUAAAGUUCCUAAGGAACUUCUAUAAUGAAAGUUAUCAAACACACAAGUCCUCUGGUUCCACCUAAGCUACUGCAAUAAUACCACAUAGACAUCUAGAAAUAAAACUACAGUUUCUGCAAAUUACAAUUGUCUUAAAAGAUUUUUUACGCACAAGUAUGAUUUCUAUUGUAAGAACACAGGCCUGGGUGUCUGAAGGAAUGCACUAAGAAAAAAAGGAUUAAUUUUAAGCUGGCUCUGCUGAACACAUGUACUGUGCGGUGUAAAGUUAUGGAGUGGGAAGACUAGCCUUUCACAGUGUGUCAGACACAGCUUCUCUGGUCUGGGGGGG